UUACUCCCCCAAAAAUUACAUUUGGCUUCUCCGUUUCCUGUUGCAUUGGUCUGGAUUUUGACCUGAUUGAUCAAUCAGGCUUUUCGCCUCUUCGCGAACCCGAGACUUGUUUUCGGCUCGAGACGCCGAAAGUGGCUUCUGCUUCGCCUCGGUUCCCCGCCGUGGACAAAGUCAAGAAACGCUUACUCCUCCUACUCUACUACGUACACCGCUUAGUGCGAAGCAAAAACAUCGACGCUACGGUAGUUAGAGCAAGCAGCCUGAACUGAGCCGGACACAUCGUGUGAAUUGGAUCAGCUGCCAUGGAUUCUGUUUUGCGCCAAUCCAAGGCCGUGUGCCCCUUCAUGCGGCAGGCGACGGCCGCGGGCCUCCGCGCCAUGUCGACGGCCGUGACGCCCGCCACUCCUGCCGCUUCGCCAUGCGGCGGCGCCAUCUCCAAGCUCCAGGUCCUCGCCCGCCGCUGUCCCGUCAUGGGCAAGGCCAUGGCCAUCCAGUCGGCUCGUCUUGGACACGCCACCGCCGGCUUCCCGGCUGUUCCUGCCAAGGCCACUAUGUCCACCUUCUCGGGCCAUGGCAAGACCGCGAAAGCCAGCCUGCAUACGAGCCGCUCCCAGGAAGCCCAGGCUGUUGAUGGCUCGCUAUUCACCGGCCGCGACAAGGUCCAGCUCCCUCCCCGAGUCCCGACCAAGCCGCAUGCCACCGCAAAUCCGGUUGUUGAACCCCGGGCAAGCGCCCCGGACACGCACAAGGUCAAGUUUGACUAUGAGUCCUUCUACAACCACGAGCUGGACAAGAAGCACAAGGACAAGUCGUACCGCUACUUCAACAACAUCAACCGCCUGGCGAAGGAGUUCCCUCGCGCCCACAUGUCCAGCAAGGAGGAGAAGGUGACGGUGUGGUGCGCCAAUGACUACCUUGGCAUGGGCCGCAAUCCGCAGGUCCUCAAGGCCAUGCACGAGACGCUUGACGAAUAUGGUGCCGGCGCUGGUGGUACCCGGAAUAUAUCCGGUCACAACAAGCACGCGGUAGAGCUCGAGCACACGAUCGCCACACUCCAUGCCAAGGAGGCGGCGCUGGUGUUCAGCUCGUGUUAUGUUGCAAACGAUGCUACACUCGCUACCCUUGGCAGCAAGAUGCCGGAUUGCGUCAUCCUUUCCGACAGUCUGAAUCAUGCCUCCAUGAUCCAAGGCAUCCGCCACUCGGGUGCCAGGAAGAUCAUCUUCAAGCACAACGAUGUGCAGGAUCUGGAGGAGAAGCUUGCCGCGCUGCCGCUCCAUGUCCCCAAAAUCAUCGCUUUCGAGUCGGUUUACAGCAUGUGUGGCUCGAUAGGCCCCAUCGAAGAAAUCUGUGACCUUGCUGAUAAAUACGGCGCCAUCACUUUCCUGGAUGAGGUCCACGCCGUCGGCAUGUACGGCCCGCACGGCGCGGGCGUAGCGGAACAUCUUGACUUUGAGGCGCACGCCCAAGGCCGCCCGCGCGGAACCAUCAUGGACCGCGUCGACAUCAUUACGGGUACGCUGGGUAAAGCCUACGGGUGCGUGGGCGGGUAUAUCGCGGGCAGCGCCAAGCUCGUCGACACGAUCCGGUCUCUUGCGCCUGGCUUCAUCUUCACCACGUCCCUGCCGCCUGCCGUCAUGGCCGGCGCCCGGGCUGCCAUCGAAUACCAAAUGACCCACACGGGCGACCGUCGCUUGCAGCAACUGCACACGCGUGCCGUCAAGGAGUCCCUCCGCGAGCGCGACAUUCCCGUGAUUCCCAAUCCGAGCCACAUUAUCCCUAUCCUGGUCGGCAACGCUGAGCUCGCCAAGCAAGCCAGCGACAAGUUGCUUUAUGACCACGGCAUCUACGUGCAGAGCAUCAAUUACCCGACCGUGCCCGUCGGUCAGGAACGCCUGCGCGUCACGCCAACUCCCGGCCAUGUCAAGGAGUACCGCGACCAGCUGGUGAACGCCAUCGAGUCCAUUUGGAACGAGCUGGGCAUCAAGCGCACGAGCGACUGGGCUGCCGAGGGCGGGUUCAUUGGCGUUGGCGAACCCAACGCCGCACCGGAGGAGCCGCUCUGGACAGACGAGCAGCUGGGGAUCGCCGAGGCGGCGCGGACGCUGCUGCAGGCUGCUGACGCAGAGCAGCACCAGCACCAGCAGCAGGUGCCCAUCAGCGGGCUGACGGAGCGGCUCUUGGAGAAGGAGAUGCAGGGGGCUAGGAGCGUUACCGUCUCUGCUUAGCCUGGCUUUGCAACCCCCCGAUUCUUGCAGUCGGGGAGCCUUCAUUCUCUUCUCUCCCGGCCGGCCGAGCGGUCCUGCCCGGGGCGUCGUUGCUGCUACUUUCUAUCAGGGGGGCUCAUCCGACCAUACGCACAGCGAUACCGUUCCUUGGAGCGAGCGGCAGCGGCGUGGAAUAUUUUGGUUUGUGUGGUUUUGGCAAUAGCCCCCAUGUUGGAAAUGCAUUGUGCUCUCCUGUUGUCGAUGGCGGCAAAAGUCUUUGAUCAUUCGUUAUUCGUGCCGCUUUCAAUCCGAUCCCUCUGGAUUAUGGAACGGCUGAUUCAGGAUCCUUAGUCUCAUCCAGCACUUGUCCACAAUGAGAGAGAUCCUUAAAUAAAAUUACUGUUGAAAUGAAACAUCUGUGCU